AUGAAGGAAUUUGAAAAGUCGGAUCUAGGAAAGUUUUCGUAUUUCCUAGGCAUGGAAUUUCAAAUUACGAAGCAAGGUACAAUGUUGCAUCAAAGAAGGUAUGUCAAAGAGAUACUCAAGAGAUUCAUGAUGGAUGAUUCGAAUCCUACAUCCUCACCUAUCGAACCAAAUUUGAAAUUGGAGAAGCAUGAAAGUAAUGACAUAUUCGAUGUAACUUUGUUCAAACAAAUUGUAGGAUCUUUGAGGUAUGUGUGCAAUAAGAGACCCGAUAUAAGUUUCUCAAUCAGAUUGGUGAGCAGAUACAUGAGUGAACCAAAGGUGUCUCACAAGAAGGUUGUAAAAAGAAUCCUGAGAUACCUAAAAGAAUCGAUAAACUAUGGAAUUCUAUUUCCACGAGAUUCUGAAAGCAAAGAAGCUAUUGUUACUUACUAUUUAGAUGAUGAUUGGAGUGAAGAUAAGGAAGAUCGGAGAAGCACAACUAGUUACUUCUUUCAAGUAUUUGAUGCUUAA